AUGCGGCUGCUGCUAGCCAGCCUGGUGGCCGUCUGCCUGGCCCUGAGCUCAGCCGGGGGCGCGGAGCUCCAGAGAGAGGGCAGGGCCCGGAGCCACGGCCACAGCGUCUGCAGCACUUGGGGCGACUUCCACUACAAGACCUUCGAUGGCGACGUCUUCCGCUUCCCCGGCCUGUGUGACUACAACUUCGCGUCGGACUGCGGGGACGCGUACAAGGAGUUCGCGGUGCACCUGAAGCGGGGCCUGGGCCGGGAUGGGGGCCACCCCCAGGUCGAGUACAUCCUGCUGACCAUCAAAGACGACACCAUCUACCUCACCCGCCAGCUGGCUGUGGUGAAUGGGGCCAUGGUCAGCACCCCGCACUACAGCCCCGGGCUGCUCAUCGAGAAGAGCGACGUCUACACCAAGGUCCACUCCCGCGCCGGGCUCACCCUCAUGUGGAACCGGGAAGACUCCCUCAUGCUGGAGCUGGACGGCAAGUUCCGGAACCGCACGUGUGGGCUCUGCGGGGACUACAACGGCCUGCAGGUCUACUCGGAGUUCCUUUCUGACGGCGCGCACUUCAGUGCCAUCGAGUUCGGGAACAUGCAGAAGAUCAUCAAGCCCGAGGUGGUGUGCGAGGACCCCGAGGAGGCGCCCGCGGGGGAGUCCUGCUCUGAGCACCGCGCCGAGUGCGAGAGGCUGCUGCGAGGCCCGGCCUUCGAGAACUGCCUGGGCCUGGUGCCGCUGGAGCCGUACGUGCAGGCCUGCGCGCAGGACCGCUGCCACUGCCCGCCGGGCGCCGCCUGUGCCUGCAGCUCCCUUGCCGAGUUCUCCCGCCAGUGCUCGCACGCCGGCGGCCGGCCCGGCAGCUGGAGGACCGCCACGUUCUGCCCCAAGAGCUGCCCCGGCAACAUGGUUUACUUGGAGAGUGGCUCCCCCUGCAUGGACACCUGCUCACACCUGGGGAUCAGCAACCUGUGCGAGGAGCACCAGAUGGACGGCUGUUUCUGCCCUGAAGGUACCGUGUAUGAUGACAUCGCAGGCGCCGGGUGUGUUCCUGUGAGCCAGUGUCACUGUAGGCUCCACGGGCACCUGUACUCGCCUGGCCGGCAGGUCACCAAUGACUGCGAGCAGUGCGUCUGCACCGCCGGCCGCUGGGUGUGCAAAGACCUGCCGUGCCCUGGCACCUGUGCCCUGGAGGGCGGCUCCCACAUCUCCACCUUCGAUGGGAAGAAGUACACCUUCCACGGAGACUGCUACUACGUGCUGGUCAAGGUAGGCGACCACGACUCCUACGCCCUCCUGGGUGAGCUGACCCCCUGCGGCUCGACGGACAAGCAGACCUGCCUGAAGACUGUGGUGCUGCUGGCUGACAACAAGAAGAACGUGGUGGCCUUCAAGUCGGACGGCAGCGUGCUGCUGAAUGAGCUGCAGGUGAACUUGCCUCACGUGACUGCCAGCCUCUCCGUCUUCCAGCCCUCCUCUCACCACCUGGUGGUGAGCACCGCCUUCGGCCUCAGGCUGCAGGUGCAGCUGCUGCCUGUGAUGCAGCUGUUUGUGACGCUGGACCAGGCCUCCCAGGGCCGCGUGCAGGGCCUCUGUGGGAACUUCAACGGCCUGGAAGGGGACGACUUCAAGACGGCGGGUGGGCUGGUGGAGGCCACGGGCGCCGGCUUCGCCAACACGUGGAAGGCCCAGUCGAGUUGCCAUGACAAGCUGGACUGGCUGGAGGACCCCUGCUCCCUCAACAUCGAGAGCGCCAACUACGCCGAGCACUGGUGCUCCCUGCUGAAGAGGACAGAGACCCCCUUUGGCAGGUGCCACUCCGCCGUGGACCCCUCGGAGUAUUACAAGAGGUGCAAGUAUGACACGUGUAACUGCGGGAGCAGCGAGGGCUGCCUGUGCGCCGCCCUGUCCUCCUACGCCCGUGCCUGCGCCGCCAAGGGCGUCGUGCUGUGGGGCUNCACCCCCACCCCCGCAGACAAGGACGUGGGCUCCUGCCCCACCUCCCAGAUCUUCCUCUACAACCUGACCACCUGCCAGCCCACCUGCCGCGCGCUGUCCGAGGCCGACACCCACUGCCUCCAGGGCUUCGCGCCGGUGGACGGCUGCGGCUGCCCCGACCACACCUUCCUGGACGAGAAGGGCCGCUGCGUGCCGCGGGCCAAGUGCUCUUGCUAUCACCGCGGCCUCUACCUGGAGGCCGGGGAGGUGGUCCUGCGGCAGGGAGAGCGAUGCGUUUGCCGGAACGGCAGGCUUCACUGCAUCCCGAUCCACCUGAUCAGCCCCAGCUGCUCGGCCCCAAAGAUCCACAUUGACUGCAACAACCUGACAGCGCUGGCCAUCCAGAACCCUCGACCCACCAGCUGCCAGACGCUGGCUGCCGGCCACUACCAGACGGAGUGCGUCAGCGGCUGUGUGUGCCCAGACGGGCUCCUGGAUGACGGCCUCGGAGGCUGUGUUGUGGAGGAGCAGUGCUCCUGUGUGCACAAUGGGGACCUGUACCCACCCGGGAACAAGAUCAAGGUGGACUGCAACACCUGCACCUGCCGCAGAGGCCGCUGGGAGUGCACGCAGGCCGUGUGCUACGGCUCCUGCUCCAUCUAUGGAAGUGGCCACUACAUCACCUUCGACGGGAAGUACUACGACUUUGAUGGACACUGCUCCUAUGUGGCGGCUCAGGACUACUGUAGCCAGAACUCCUCACUGGGCUCCUUCAGCAUCAUCACUGAGAACGUUCCUUGUGGCACCACGGGUGUCACCUGCUCCAAGGCCAUCAAAAUCUUCAUGGGGAGGACGGAGCUGAAGCUGGAGGACAAGCACCGCAUGGUGAUCCACCGGGACGUGGGCCACCAUGUGUCCUACACCACACGGGAGGUGGGCCAGUACCUGGUGGUGGAGGCCAGCAUCGGCAUCAUCGUCAUCUGGGACAAGAAGACGACCGUCUUCAUCAAGCUGGCCCCGUCCUACAAGGGCAAGGUGUGCGGGCUGUGCGGGAACUUUGACCACCGCUCCAGCAACGACUUCACCACGAGGGACCACAUGGUGGUGGACAGCGAGCUGGACUUCGGGAACAGCUGGAAGGAGAACCCCACCUGUCCAGACGUGAGCUUCACCCCGGAGCCCUGCCUCCGGAGACCGCACCGCCUCUCCUGGGCCGUGAAGCAGUGCAGCAUCAUCAAGAGCCGGGUCUUUGGCGUCUGCCACAGCAAGGUGGACCCCAAGCCCUUCUACGAGGCCUGCGUCCAUGACUCGUGCUCCUGCGACACGGGCGGGGACUGCGAGUGCUUCUGCUCUGCCGUGGCCUCCUACGCCCAGGCGUGCACGAAGGAGGGGGCCUGCGUGUUCUGGAGAACGCCAGACCUGUGCCCCAUAUUCUGUGACUACUACAACCCCCCGGACGAGUGCGAGUGGCACUAUGAGCCGUGUGGGAACCGCAGCUUUGAGACCUGCAGGACGAUCAACGGCCUCUACUCCAACAUCUCCGUGUCCUACCUGGAGGGCUGCUACCCGCGGUGCCCGGUGGACAGGCCCAUCUACGAUGAGGACCGGAAGAAGUGUGUCACGGCCGACCAGUGCGGCUGCUAUGUGGAGGACACCCAUUACCCGCCUGGAGCACCCAUGCCCCCCGAGAAGGAAUGCGAGGCUUGCACAUGCAACAACUCCUCCUCGAAAGUCUGCUGGUUCGAGGAAGGGAAGGUUCUCAACUACACCCAGGAUGGCUUUUUCUGCUACUGGGUGAUCUGUGGUCCGAACGGCACGGUGGAGACACACUUCAACAUCUGCCCGAGUAGCCCGGCGCCCUCCUCCCUGCCGCCCUCCACCACCCCCAGCACCCCCAGCACCCCCAGCACCACCAGCACCACCAGCACCACCCCCACCCCCAGCACAGAAGUGUGCUGCUUCUGGUCCGACUGGAUCAACGAGAACCACCCCAGUCUGGACAGCUCCGGGGGAGACACGGAGAAAUUCGACAGCGUCUGCGAGGCCCCGGAGGACAUCCAGUGCAGGCUGGCCCAGGAGCCCCACCUCGACUGGGAGGACGCGGGCCAGAAGCUGCAGUGCGACGUCUCCUCGGGGCUGAUUUGCAACAACGAAGACCAGUUUGGAAACGGACCAUUCUCGGUCUGCUAUGACUAUGAAAUACGUGUCAAUUGCUGCGUGCCGAUAGAAGAGUGUCCCACCACGGUGACUCCGACCACCUCGACGCCCACCUCAACCACCACCUCAACCACCUCCUCGACGCCCACCUCGACGCCCACCUCGACGCCCACCUCGACGUCCACCUCACCCACCACCUCGACGCCCACCUCGACGCCCACCUCAACCACCACCUCAACCACCACCUCGACACCCACCUCGACGCCCACCUCAACCACCACCUCGACACCCACCUCGACACCCACCUCGACACCCACCUCAACCACCACCUCGACGCCCACCUCAACACCCACCUCGACACCCACCUCAACCACCACCUCGACACCCACCUCGACACCCACCUCAACAACCACCUCAACCACCACCUCGACGCCCACCUCAACACCCACCUCAACACCCACCUCAACCACCACCUCGGCGCCCACAACAUCAGGCACGCUGUCCACCAGCAAGCCCCCUGGGUGCCCCCACUUUGAUCCUCCCAGACAGGAGAACGAGACGUGGUGGCUGUGCAACUGCACCAUGGCCAUCUGCAAGCACGACAACACGGUGGAGCUGGUGGAGAAGAAGUGUGAGCCCCCGCCCAUCCCCACCUGCUCCAACGGCCUCCCGCCCGUGCAAGUCCCGGACCCCGACGGCUGCUGCUGGCACUGGGAGUGCGACUGCUACUGCACAGGCUGGGGGGAUCCGCACUACGUCACCUUCGACGGGCUCUACUACAGCUACCAGGGCAACUGCACGUACGUGCUGGUGGAGGAGGUCGUGCCCUCCGCCCUCGGCUUCGGCUUCGGCGUCUACAUCGACAACUACCACUGCGACGUCAACGACCGGGUGUCCUGUCCCCGCACGCUCAUUGUGCGCUACCGGACCCAGGAGGUGCUCCUCAAGACGGUGCAGAUGAUGCCCAUCGACGUGCAGGUGCAGGUCAACGGGCAGGCCGUGGCGCUGCCCUACGUCAAGGACCAGCUGCGGGUGUCCCAGUCCGGCAUCAACUACGUGGUGGAGCUGCCCCUGCUGGGCGCCGUCACCUCCUACAACGGCCUCUCCUUCUCCAUCAGGCUGCCCUUCCGCCUGUUUGGCAACAACACCAGGGGCCAGUGCGGCACCUGCACCAACAACACCGCUGACGACUGCAUGCUGCCCAGCGGGGAGGUCAUUUCCAACUGCGAGGUUGCGGCCGACCAGUGGCUGGUGAAUGACCCCUCCAAGCCACACUGUCCCCACAUGGGCGUCACCACCAAGCCCCCGGGCAUCACGCCGUCAGUGGGCAGCCCCACGAACAAGGAUUGUGCUUCUUCUCUCUGCGAGCUCAUCAAAGACAGCCUGUUUGCGCCGUGCCACAAGAAGGUGCCCCCUCAGCACUACUACGACGCCUGCGUGUUCGACAGCUGCUUCGUGCCCGGCUCGGGCCUGGAGUGCGCCAGCCUGCAGACCUACGCCGCCAUCUGUGCCCAGGAGAAGAUCUGCAUCGACUGGCGGAACCACACCAACGGGGUCUGCUCGGUGACGUGUCCGCCUCACAGGGAGUACCGUGCCUGUGGUCCUUCAGAGGAGCCCACCUGCAAGUCUAGUGCCCCGGAGAAGAACGUCACCCUGGUGGAAGGCUGCUUCUGUCCCGAAGGCACCACAAACUAUGCCCCGGGAUUCGACGUCUGCAUGGAGUUCUGCGGUACGCUGCGGCCCUCCCGCCCCCGCGAAUUUGGGGAACAUUUUGAGUUCGACUGCAAGAACUGCAUCUGCCUGGAGGGCGGGAGCGGCAUUGUCUGCAAGCCCAAGAUUUGCCGCCAGGAGCCGCUGCACUGCACGGAGGAAGGCACCUACCCCGCCGUAGAGGUCAACCCCGCCGACAAGUGCUGCAACGUCACAACUUGCAAGUGCAACACCAGCCUGUGCCAGGCGAGGCCGCCCAAGUGCGCGUUGGGAUUUGAAGUGAAGAGCGAGAUCAUACCCGGGAAGUGCUGUCCCAUCUACACCUGUGUGCCCAAGGGCGUGUGCGUUCACGGGAAUGCUGAGUAUCAGCCGGGAUCGCCAGUUUACUCCUCCAAGUGCCAGGAAUGCGUGUGCACCGCGCGCAGGAACAGCACCUCGCAGCUUAAUAUCAUCUCCUGCAGCCACGUGCCGUGUAACACCACCUGCCGCCCCGGCUUUGAGCUGGUGGAGGCCCCCGGGGAGUGCUGCAAGAAGUGUGAGCAGACCCACUGCAUCAUCAACAGGCCCAACAGGGAACCCAUCAUCCUGAAGCCCGGGGACAUAAAGCACGACCCCAAGAAUAACUGCACCUUCUUCAGCUGCGUGAACAUUCAAAACCAGCUCAUCUCGUCCGUCUCCAACAUCACCUGCCCCGACUUUGACCCCAGCAUCUGCGUCCCGGGCUCCAUCUCAUUCAUGCCCAAUGGCUGCUGCAAGAAAUGCAUCCCUCGCAACGAGACCAGGACCUUCUGCUCCACCAUUCCUGUCACCCGGGAGAUUUCUUUCCAUGGCUGCACCAGAAGAGUCAUGAUGAACUACUGCUCCGGGUCCUGUGGGACCUUCGCCCUGUACUCGGCGGAGGCCCAGGCCCUGGACCACAAGUGCUCCUGCUGUAAGGAAGAGCGCACCAGCCAGAAGGAGGUGCUACUGCAGUGCCCGGAUGGCAGUUCGCUGAGCCACACCUACACCCACAUCGACAGCUGCCUGUGCCAGGACACGGCCUGCGCGCUCCCGGCUCUGCGCGGCCCUGGCCGUGCCCGGCGCUCCAGCCCCGGGGCCCUGCGUCCAGGGGGCGCCUGAGCUGGGCGCGCCACCCAGCUGGCCCCCGCCGUCCUCCUCACCCGCCGCCCGCGCUGACCUGCUGAGCUUCCCCACCUCCUAAGCCGUCUUCCUCUCUGCAGAUAUUUAUUUUCCGAGUCUUUGUUCAGUUCUUUGCUUUUUCCACAAUAAACUUGGGCAGACGCUGC